AUGGACAUCCCGUUGGUUUUGGGCUUUUCAGAUGAAGACAAAGUAGGAACCAUACAACCACAUGAUGAUGCUCUAGUGGUCACACUGAGGAUCGGCGGGUACGAUGUGAGAAAGGUAAUGUUUGACCAAGGUAGCCCUGCUGAUAUAAUGUACCCUGACUUAUACAAGGGGCUAAGUUUGAAGCCUGAGAACUUGAAAACUUAUAGUUCACCUUUGGUGAGUUUUGAGGGAAGAAUGGUCGUUCCAAAAGGUCAAAUAAGGCUACCUGUGCAGGCCGGUACGGAUGUGGUGGAGGUGGACUUCAUCGUCGUAGAUGUUUUCUCUCCAUACACGGUUGGGGCCAAAUUGCCUUCGCGAGAGAAGGAGCAGUUAGUAGAAUUCCUCAGGGAAAAUGUCGAUGUGUUCGCCUGGAGUCCACACGAAGCCCCGGGUAUAGAUCCAAACUUCAUCUGUCAUCAACUCAAUGUGAAUCCUACCAUUGUUCCGAAGAGACAGCCACCUCAACGACCAUCAAAGGAGCACGCCGAAGCCGUUAAGAGUGAGGUGGCCAAGUUCAAGCAGGCCGAGGCUAUCAAGGAGGUUUUUUAUCCUCAAUGGUCAGUUGAUAGGUGCAGACCCUUCUUCCGUUUACUGCAUAAAUGGAAAGGAUUUGAGUGGACUGAGGCAUGCGCUGUAGCAUUUCAGCAGCUAAAAGAGUAUCUAUCUCGGCCGCCUAUCAUGUCCAGCCCUGAGGUGGACGAAGUCCUGUUUGCUUACCUGGCGGUUGCCUCUCAUACAGUUAGUUUUGUCUUAAUACGAGAGGACAAUGACAUUCAAAGGCCAAUUUAUUACGUAAGUAAGUCACUUCGUGAGGCCGAGGUGCGAUACUUAUCGCUAGAAAAGGCCAUCUUGGCAGUAGUCCAUGUAACUCGCAAGCUCUCGCAUUACUUUCAGGCACAUACUGUAGUAGUCCUAACUCAGCUACCACUUAAGUCCAUACUUAGAAGCGCAGAUUAUACGGGGAGGAUUGCUAAGUGGGGCAUGAUUCUAGGGGCUUUUAACAUCAAAUACAUGCCCCACACCUCCAUGAAAGGCCAGGUCCUCGCCAAUUUAGUAGCCAAGUUCACCGAGCUCUCAGAAGAAGCUGAGAUGAAGCAACAUGACAUGGAUGAAAAGUUGGUUAGACUGAUUUCCACCCAAAGCGUCUCAUCCUGGAAAGUAUAUGUGGAUGGCGCAGCGAAUCAAUGGGGAGCAAGAGUGGGGCUAGUUCUGGUAUCCCCCGAAAAGAUCAUCAUUGAGAAGUCCUUAACGCUGGGAUUCUCAACCACGAACAAUGAAGCAGAGUAUGAAGCUUUGUUAAUGGGAAUGAGUAUGGUCCAUAAAAUGGGUGGGAACGUAGUGGAAGUAUUCUCAGAUUCAAAGUUGAUAGUCGGCCAGGGGAAAAGGGAACUGGAAUCUCGAGAUGCAAGAAUGCAAGAAUAUUUGAGUCAAGUUAGGCGUGUGCAAACGAGAUUUGAAUCUUUUGAUUUGUCACAUAUUCCCCGAGGUGAAAAUACCCAUGCCGAUUCCUUGGCAACCCUUGCCACCUCUUCAGCACGGAAUUUGCCUCGGGUGAUAAUUGUUGAGGAUUUAUGCACCCCCACCCCAGCAGGGAAGGACGAGCUUCAGGUUCAUCAAGUCAACCUAGCACCGAGUUGGAUGGACCCCAUAUUGAAAUUCCUCGAAAGUGACAUCUUGCCUGAAGAUAAAAUAGAAGCCAAGAAAAUACGGAGGAAAUCUCCUCGGUUUUGGUUAUCCGAGGACAAAAAAUUGUACAAACGCUUUUUUUUUGGGCCGUAUCUGCUUUGUAUACACCCUGAGAUGUCAAAGUCACUUCUAGAGGAACUGCAUGAAGGAAUUUAUGGAAGUCACACGGGGGGAAGGUCCUUAUCUCACAGGGCCAUUACUUAA